CUUGAAGUGUAGAAAGUCUGCUCUGCCGCGAGCAUGCAUACUUCCACUCUUCCAUUACCUAAUAAAAGAGUCACUUGUAGAUAACAAGCAACGGCGCUACCGAUCCUCAACGAUCGGUGUAAGGCUAAACAUGUCAUUGUCCACAUCCAAAAAGCAAGUCAGGGAGCAUGGGGAUACGAAUGAGGACGACUGGUCUCAUAUAUCAGACCGCCAAGAGCGCAAGCGAAUACAGAACCGUUUGGCCCAGAGAAACUAUCGCAGGAAUAUGAAGGAAAGGAUCGAAGCACUCGAGCGCGCCGCCGCCGAACACGCAAGAUCUUCAAGUGCUUCGGUAAAUGGCGAGCCAAGGACUGAAUCGCCAACCCAUCCAUAUCGCGACGCUGAUCUCGACACGUCGUUAUGGGAUCCCCUCACGAUGCCUCUCCCAAUGCAACUGCAUGCCAAACAGCAGGCUGGGAAUGUGGCUCCUAUGCGACGCAUGGUUAACGCAGGUCAUGACCAACUCGUAAAUGGUGUGCGUCGGAAUGGCGAUGCCCACUUUGAUUCCUUAAUGGACGACUCGCAAAUGAUGCAAAGCCUCCCUUCGGAGGGAGCUUUCGCGCAUCAAAGUUGGCCCGAUGUCCCAGAUGCGGUACUGUUCCCAUCUAGUGGGUUUGAAAACUCGGACAAGUAUGGAGGCUCUGCUAUCCAUACUGUACACGGAUCUAAUCUCCAUUCCGGGGACGGACUUAGAGUCCGCACGUCGCAUUCACCUCCUUCAGAACCACAGCUCCCUUAUGGAACUCAGAACCCACCGUCGAAUCACAGCUCCCCUGCCGUUGCUGCUAUGGAUCUUGGCACUCUUUGUCUGCAGGAUAUUUCGAUGUUGGGCACAGAGUCAACAAGUGUACAUUCCCUCCGACGACCGGCGGCUCUUCACAGAAAGUAUACUGGUGCUUCAAGCAGUAGUAGAGAGGAACUGCGAGCCCGUUCAAAGACCCCUCUAUAUCCGUCAAACAACACUUUAUCGAAGCGGAAAAGACCAACGAGCAAUAUGGGCUCUGAUGUAGACUAUGAUGUCGAAGAGUCGAAUUCGACAUCUCUGUCUGGAUCUGAGAGCGAAGAUAUAAUCCCUCGAAUAUGGAAUCUAUACCCAAAUGGAACCGAAAGUUCGAGCUCAUCGUCGUUGAUUUCAUCAGUUACUGGAACCUCGCGGAAUACGGACGCGAAAAAGAAAUCCGUAGUUUCUAGGCCGCCGUCUGCGACAGGGACAUUGAGCACCCGCUUGGCCUCUGCGCAAUCCACCAUAAAACCACUAGGCUUCUCUUCAAUAGAGGAUCUUUGUACGCAAUUCUGGACUGCCGAUUUGAAUGACCGGCCUUCACUUGCCGAUACCCAGCGUUUGAGUCGUCGUCGGGAAUUGCCACACAUGUUAUCUCAGGUUCGAGAGCGAUCAACUGGCUGGAGUGAUUGGGAGGUCCAGGGGUGGCGCGACGAGGUGACUCGCUCAGCAGAAACGGUACUAGAGGAUGAAUGCAAGCGCUAUUUGCGGAGAGAAGGCAAAUCUUGGGCGCACAAUAGCGAGCCACUUCCCGCUGAAGAUGUGCUGAGGCUGAAGAGCACAUUUCAAGAAGAGUUUCUAAUUGUUAUACAGGAGUUAUGGGUCAAGGUUAGGCAUCUGGGCUGUGCUUCAAGGGUGAAAGGCUUGAGCUACGUCCACAUCUACAUCCACAUCUGUAAAUAG